AAAAAUUUAUCUAUCAAAGACAGAGAGAGAGGGAGAGAGAGAUAGAGUCGGGGUCCAAUGGACGAAGAAGGAGAAAAACAAACUGUACCUCCUCUUCCUCCUUCCGCGGCCGCUGAAGAAACUAGGGCUCCGGAACUACAAUCCGAUCCUCCAACUCCAUUCGAUCCUAGUCGAAUGAUUGGUAUUAUUAAGAGGAAGGGGUUGAUCAAAGAGCUGGCAGCGGUGUACCACGCUGAGUGCCUUUUUUAUUGUCAGCAACUUUUGGAUCUACAGAAAAAUUGCCAAGAGCCAUUUGUUGAAUUAAGAGCUGCUACUGCUGCUGAUGAUUCAAGAAAAGAAACAAUGAGGCCCCCCAAACGCCUCAAGAAGUCCCGCUGAUAAAAUCAUACUGUUUUGUUUUAAUAGAUCAACAUUCUCUUGCUUGUUUUGUCUUUUGAUGGAUUACUCUAGGUUGGAAAGGUCACUGUCACUUUGUUUUCACCAAAACCAUGUUCUCCACUUAUUCAGUGUAGCUCCUGCUUGCAAUGCCCUGUGUCCUCUGCCUGCAAGUCCACUAUCUUGUAGAAAAAAAAAAACUCUUGUGGCUUCAUUGUUUCUCUUCAAGUUUCACCUAUUUUCAAUGUUUCGAUUA